CUCUAAUAUGCAUCAUACUUCAUACUUAAGAAGGUGGGCCAAACAAAAUCCUCACAGCGAUGAGUUCCGGCGACACUACCCUCAGAAACGUCGAGUCACCCCGUAAAAACGUUGCGUUGUCUGUCCUUUUCAAAGCACCCUCUACCGAGGAGGCCCAGGCAUGUUGGGAACUCUGCAGGCUGCAUAAUAACAUCGGCUUCUGGGUAGUAUGGCUUCCAACGGCAUGGUCCAUCGCAAUGGCUUACAAUGCGCAAAGGGAUAUUGCUGCAAUAAAUGCUCUUCAGACUGCCUUGCUCUAUGUACCGCUUUGUUUUGGCAUGAAAUCUUUGAUCAUGACUGUCGAUGACAUUCUCGACCGGGACAUUGACUUGCUCGUUGAGCGAACGAAGAACAGACCACUUCCUCGAGGCUCGAUUUCUCCCGAACGCGCCUGGUUAUUCUUCUCUGCUCAACUCUCAAUCGGCAUGGUCCUGGCCAUUCAAUAUCUCGAUAAAACAUCGCUCCAGAUUGCAAUUUUGAUAUUUCCCAUAUAUAUAAUUUAUCCAACAUGCAAGCGCUGGACAAACCUGGCCCCUAUACCUCUGGGUUUCAUGUUCAACGUUGGUGUAUUCAUGGGAUGGAGCUACCUUAGUGCCCACACGGUACCAUGGCACGUUCUUCUUCCUGUGUAUUUGGGCGCAUGCCUCUGGACGUUCACGUAUGAAACGAUCUACCAGCAUCAGGAUAAAGUGGACGAUGUAAAGAUCGGCCUUUACUCUCCUGCCCUUCUCCUUGGUUCCUGGACGAUCCCGAUCUGUGCCUGUACGGGGUUGCUAUUUUUUAUUAUGGUGACAUACAGUGGAUUUCUCAACAAUCAAGGUAUCGCUUUCUUUGUGGGCGUAGCUUAUGCGGGAAGCGUCUUGUUCAGGAAACUCCGUAACACCAACAUCGAUAUUCCGGAGGACUGUAAACAGUUCUUUCUACUUAAUGUCAAAGUGGGGCAGAUCAUUCUGGGCGCUCUAGUCAUUGAUAGUGUAUAUAAUCGUUUCUCUAGGCCCUAAGUUGUAUCUCGGGUAGCUGUGGGGUGCAGGAGCAUUUUUAUUUGUCACGCACUCAUCAGGAUUUUCGGACUUUCGGACAUGCUGAAACAUUGGAUGCCAACUUCCCGUACUUACACAGCUAGCCAUUCUAUGGAAUUCUAUCCAUGUAUUUUGCAUAGUCAC